AUGGCAAGUACAAGCCCGCCAAGUGUGCUAAAAGCAUACUAUGAACAAUUUCAAAGAGAUUUCUCAUUGUUCCUAAAGUGUCGUUCCAAGGAACUAGUCACCGGAGGCCGAAUGGUUCUAACUUUUCUUGGGAGGAAAAGUGAAGAUCCCUCUAGCGAAGAGUGUUGUUACAUUUGGGAGCUUUUAGCUAUAACACUUAAUGACAUGGUUUCAGAGGGCCUCAUAGAAGAAGAGAAACUGGAUUCAUUCAACAUCCCUCAGUACACACCAUCCCCAACAGAAGUAAAAUCCGAGGUCGAAAUGGAAGGAUCUUUUGGAAUCGACCGCCUCAAGGUUUCUGAAGUCAAUUGGAAUGCCUACGACAAUGAAUUAUUUGCAUCGGACUCCUAUAAGAACGGUGCAUACAAUGUUACAAAGUGCAUGAGAGAUGUGGCUGAACCCUUGCUUCUCAAUCACUUUGGUGCAACCAUAAUCAACGAGGUGUUCUGCAGGUACAAAAAGAUUGUGGCUGAUAGAAUGUCCAAAGAAAGAAUUGAGUUCAUCAAUGUCACUAUUGCAAUGACUAAAAAGGGGAAGAAGAAGGAUCCUUUAGGAAUGACUGACCUUUUUUCAAGGCCAUCUCAUGGAAAGGCCGAAUAUGGGCCCUACACUCAAAUUAUGGCCCGUAGUGCAGCCCAUUGUAUCGGAUACUGGUCAAGUGGACUUGUGGCCUUUUUAAAGAAAGCUAAUAAUCGAAUUGUAGCAUGA